AAAAAGAGUGGGAAUCUGGGAAUUGUCAGCAAGGGCUCCACAGAAAACUGAAAAGUGUGAAUUUAAUUAAAUUCAAACAAAAAAAAUAAUAAAUCAAGAGCAUAAAAAAAUGGCUUUAUCUACAAAAAGUAAACAAAGAGUGUCCGUUGUUCUGAAUAUGACGAAAGUUGUCUUCCACUGGGGAUUCAUGCCAGCGGUUUUAUAUCUUGGAUUUGCGAAAGGAGCAGAUGUAGGAAUGCCACCACUUUCUGUCAUGAAUCUGCUGUGGCAGUGAAUAUUGCUGUAAAAUUUUAAUUCCAAACUGACCAACUCCUUGUCUUUAAAAAUGAGGAUACGUGGACUCUACCUCUUGAUUUAAUCUAUUGUAAUGUAUAUUAAAUAAAUUUUAAGUUUCUGUUUAAAA